AUGGAAAUUGAAUCUCAUCAGCAGCUUCACAUGUUCUUCUUUCCAUUCAUGGCUCAAGGCCACAACAUACCCUUCAUAGACAUAGCCAAGCUAUUUGCUUCUCAUGGUGUAAAAUCCACCCUGAUAACCACCCCUGUCAAUGCACCACUCUUCUCCAAAGCAGCAAAAAUUUGGGGAUGUGAAAGCAGUAGUAACUUGGCUACAACAAUUGAGAUGAAGGAAAAGUUCUUCAAAGCCACCUUCCUGCUUGAGCCACAGAUUGAGCAGAUUUUAGACCAGCACCGCCCUCACUGCCUUGUUGCUGAUUCUUUCUUUCCUUGGGCUACAGAUGUUGCUGCCAAGUUCGGAAUUCCAAGGCUCAUUUUUCACGGGACUGGUUUUUUCCCUUCGUGUGCUUCACAGACUGUGAUAUUGCAUCAGCCUCACAAGCAGGUGGAAUCUGAUUCAGAACUUUUUACUAUUCCUAAUUUCCCAGUUGAGAUCAAGAUGACACGAACCCAAAUACGGAGUCUUUCUGAGAAAAAUUCUGAAUCAAUAAUGACCAAAUUGUUCAAAGAAUCCAGAGAGAUUGAGGAAAGGAGCUAUGGGAUUAUUGUUAACACUUUCCAUGAACUUGAGCCAGAUUUUGCAGAUCAUUACAGGAAUGUUUUUGGGAGGAAGGCAUGGCAUAUAGGCCCCAGUUUCGCUAUGCAACAAGGCAGCACAGGAUAA